AUGGGCACCUUCAAUUCAGCGCAUAGGUUGAACACGGGUCGUGAAAACCGGGCCCCGCGCUGUGGUGCGAUUCACAACCCGCAGAGAUUUGGUCCCCCCGAAUGUACGGAAUAUCGGCCCGCCGGUGGUUCAAGCUUGGCCGAUGAACUGCUACGCGUCAAGGAGCCAGGCGAAGGCUUGCCCGCCACUACGCCCCUUGUACCUUUGGACAGCGAAGGGCAAAGCGGGCUGCAAGAGUUUGAUUUUUGCGGGGCGGCGCUCGACGACAACAAAACCGCCUGGCACGAGGGAGCUACCCCCGCGGAGGCACUCACCGAGAUCCGCCUUGACUCUCCCAGCCCCACACGUGUCCCACUCCCGAUGCCUCAAUUCCACAAAGUCAGAUCCCGGAGCGCCGAAGAAGCUGGGGUCUCCAACGUUCGUGCUAUGACUAGUACCCGGGCAUCUCUCAAACCUCUGCUCGGGGGUGAGCUCUCGCCAGACCAUCCUCCGUUGCCGUCGACGCUGUUUGGCAGACAUCUCCAGUACAUGAAACAUGCCCACGUGCUCUCCGGACGCAACCCACCCCUGUUUCCCAGCGACUGGAAACCCAAGGAUCCUCUCUGGAUCGACUCGGGGAGGCUGUCCCAGAGACCCGAGGGCACUUUCGAGCGCGAGGCCGCCGCAACCCGUCUCGCGCAACUGCGCAUGAACAUUGCGCUCACCGACCGGGCCAAGUGGCAGCGCAUCAUUGGCGAGAUCCAUGUUCGGGAGGUCCGCGGGAGGUCGCGGGCGGGCUCUCGGCGUGCGACCGCGCCCGCGCAGCCGGAGGAAGUGCCUGUUGGGGAACAAGAAGACGACGAUGGCGACCGGGAGCUGACCGAAGAAGAGAUGGUGCUCGAAGUUCUGGAGUUGACCUGGUCUGGCGGGGCGCUGGGGUUCCCUCCGCCCGUCAUUCCUCUCGAGAUCACCAGCCCUCUGUCCACCAGAAAGAGGGCUCCCUCUCGAUCAGGCCUGUGA